AUGGCUCCCUCCGCUAUCACAGACUCGCCGCCGCAAAGGUCGGCCCUCCUCGCUGCCGGCCUCCCGACACAGGACUUCUCCGUCCAAGAACCGGGCCCCAACUUCCGUGGCUAUGAUCAUGUCACCUGGUGGGUUGGCAACGCCAAGCAGGCCGCAUCCUACUACACAACUCUCUUUGGCUUCAAGACAAUCGCGUACCGAGGACUGGAGACCGGAAGUCGAUAUUUCGCGUCCUACAUAGUAGCCAACAAGGAUGUCAGAUUCGUCUUCACUCAGGACGUCGCCUUCGAAGUCGACAAUGUAGAAGGCGUUUAUAACAAGGCCGUUGAGCAAGGUGCCUCGGCACUUCGCCCACCUAAGACUAGCCACCACGGCGAGCAUGGCGAUGUCACGACCGCCGUGAUCCGAACCUACGGUGACACUACCCACACCUUAAUCUCACGUACCAAUUACACCGGCCCCUUCCUGCCAGGAUACCGCAACGUUGAGCACCGACCCACUGCGGUUCAAUACCCUGAAGUACCGCUGAACCGCAUCGAUCACUGCGUGGGUAACCAGUCCUGGAAUGAGAUGGUUGCCGCUUGCGAAUUUUAUGAGCAGUGUCUAGAUUUCCACCGGUUCUGGUCCGUCGAUGACUCGCAGAUUUGCACCGACUUCUCGGCCCUCAACAGCAUCGUUAUGUCUUCUCCAAACAACAUCGUAAAGAUGCCCAUCAAUGAGCCUGCUCCCGGCAAGAAGCGGUCUCAGAUUGAAGAGUACAUAAUCUUCAACUCCGGCCCGGGUGUGCAGCAUAUCGCUCUGUUGACAGACGACAUUCUUACUGCCGUGGCCGCGCUCCGGGUCGCGACAGAGAGGAGAAACUGGGAGCUCAAAGAAGAUCUAAACACCAUCGAGAAGUUGAAUAUUCUUAUCGAUUACGACGAACAGGGCUACCUCCUCCAGCUCUUCACGAAGCCACUCAUGGAUAGGCCAACCGUUUUCAUCGAGAUUAUCCAGAGAAACGCUUUCGAUGGAUUUGGAGCAGGCAACUUCAAGAGUCUCUUUGAGGCGAUCGAGCGCGAGCAAGCUUCGAGGGGCAACCUAUAA